AUGUCGAGAACGAAGAUUUGUGUUGGAUGUGUUGAGGAGAAUAAAGAGUGUGAAUGUGAGCACGAAAACUCGGUUAAAGAGUUGGGUUUGGAAUUGGAUCAUACGACUUGUGAGAAUAGUUCAUGUCUUCAUUCUGUUAUCAACAUGGUUGGUAUGCUCAUUGGACUAGGCCAACUAUCAAUGCCGUACGCGGUGGAAAACGGUGGAUGGAUCUCAAUCUUCCUCCUUAUAUCCAUCGGAGUCCUCACCACUUACACUUCCCACAUCCUCGGAAACUGUCUCCGCCGCAACCCCAAAUCCAAAUCCUACUCCGACCUCGGCCACUCCGCCUUCGGCCGCCACGGCCGCCUCAUCGUCUCCGUCUUCAUCUACCUCGAAAUCUUCAUGGCUUUAGUCUCUUACACUAUCUCCCUCCACGACAACAUCGCCGCCGCUUUUCCCGCCACUUUUGGCCACCGCAACGGCGGUCAUUUCCAUGCCGGGAAGCUCACGGCGGUCGCCGUGGCUAUCGCCUUGCCGAGCCUGUGGAUUAGGGAUUUGUCUUCCAUGUCGUUUCUUUCUUCCGGUGGGAUUCUUAUGUCGGCGAUUAUAUUUGGAUCGGUGGUUUACACGGCCGUGUUUGGAGGCGUUCUUGGCGACGGGAGGAUACCGGUGCUCCGGUUAGGGAAUAUUCCGAGGGUAUCGGGAAUCUAUUUGUUCGGUUUCGGUGGACACAUCGUAUUUCCUAAUCUCUACACUUCCAUGAAGGAUCCCUCCAAAUUUACAAAGGUAUCGAUCGUAAGCUUUGCUAUGGUGACGGCUCUAUACACAGCACUAGCCAUCACAGGCGCGAAGAUGUUCGGACCAAGCGUAAAUUCCCAAAUUACCCUCAGUCUUCCGAAACAUUUACUAGUAACCAAGAUCGCUCUUUGGGCCACAGUUCUAACCCCAAUGACCAAGUAUGCCUUAGAGUUCGCUCCUCUAGCCAUCCAGCUCGAACGUAGCCUUCCUUCGACCAUGACUGAUCGCACCAAGCUCGUGGCUCGUGGUUUUGUGGGCUCCGCUCUGUUACUAGUCAUUCUCGCACUGGCUUUAACCGUACCGUACUUCGGUUAUGUUUUGAGCCUCACUGGCUCGUUGGUUAGUGUUACGAUCGCUGUGACAUUACCGUCUGCUUUCUACUUGAAGAUCUGCUGGGAGGGGAUGUCGAAGUUCACAAGAGUCGCGAAUCUCGGUUUUGUUGUUUUCGGGUGUGUUCUUGGAGUUUUGGGAUCGUUAGAUUCAUCAAAAAUGCUUGCAAAAGAGCUCAUUCGCGUUCAUGGAGGUUGA